ACAACUGUAGUGCAGAGUGCAGAUUAUCCAGCGCUGCUUCACUGCUCCAUCACUUCAAUGACUGCUUCUCCGCUCCCCAAUGUAAACCAAUUAUCCCGGCGACCCUUUUGGUCGCUCUUUUUAUUAUAAGGACACUUUUUUGUAAUUUCAUCGUCUCGUCGAACCGUGUUAUUUUGUAUCAGCAAGAAAACUUCCAGGCAGCUGUGGGCAACUUUCCGCGUCGCGCGCUGAGGUGAAGAAUGCAUUAGCAGAGCUCGCGCAGCUAGCAGCAGCAGCUUUCUUCGGCUUCCCUGCAUCAAGCGCUGGGUUUCCUGGGGGUUUUGUAAUGUUUUUCCGUGUCUCCAGUCGUGAACUAACCUUCAUGGAUUAGCUGAACGAUUUCUAUCCCUCGUAAAUGAAAGGAAAAUAACGAAAAGGUUCAGUUUAAGUGCCUGAGCUGUCGUGAGGAUGAGCAGCAAGCGGAGUCUGUUUGUGCGGCUGGUGCCGUGCCGCUGCCUGCGGGGCGAGGAGGAGACCGUCACCUCGCUGGACUACUCUCACUGCAGCCUGGAGCAGGUGCCCAAAGAGAUCUUCAGCUUCGAGAAGACCCUGGAGGAGCUCUACCUCGACGCCAACCAGAUCGACGAGCUGCCCAAACAACUUUUCAACUGCAGUUUGCUCUACCGAUUGAGUCUACCGGACAAUGACCUAACGGUGUUGCCACCGGCCAUCGCAAACCUCACCAAUCUCAGGGAGCUCGACGUCAGCAAGAACAGCAUCCAGGAAUUCCCUGAAAAUAUCAAGAACUGUAAAGUCCUGACCAUCGUUGAAGCGAGUGUGAACCCUAUAUCAAAACUCCCAGAAGGCUUCACGCAGCUCCUCAGCCUGACCCAGCUCUACCUGAACGAUGCCUUCCUAGAGUUUCUACCGGCCAGCUUCGGCAGACUAACCAAACUGCAGAUUCUGGAACUGCGGGAGAACCAGUUAAAGAUGUUGCCAAAGAGCAUGCAUAAGCUCACACAGCUGGAGCGCUUGGAUCUGGGGAGUAACGAGUUCACUGAAGUGCCUGAAGUAUUGGAGCAGCUUACAGGAAUCAGAGAGCUGUGGGUGGAUGGAAAUAAGCUGACGUUUUUACCAGGGAUGAUCGGGGCACUGAAGCAACUCUGCUACCUGGACGUGUCCAAGAACAAUUUGGAGAUGGUUGAGGAGCAGAUAUCCGGCUGUGAAAACCUGCAGGAUCUGCUGCUGUCCAACAACGCUUUGACGCAGCUGCCAGGGUCUAUAGGCUCACUGAAAAGACUAACCACUCUGAAGGUGGAUGAUAACCAGCUCAUGUACCUGCCUGACACGAUAGGCGGACUCACGACUCUGGAUGAGCUGGACUGUAGCUUCAAUGAGAUCGAGGCGCUGCCGUCCACCAUCGGUCAGUGUGUAAAUCUGCGUACGUUUGCUGCCGACCACAACCUGCUCGCACAGAUGCCUCCAGAGAUGGGCAGCUUGAAGAACGUCACCGUUCUCUUCCUGCACUCCAACAAGCUGGAGUGUCUGCCGGAGGAGAUGGGCGACAUGCAGAAACUCAAGGUCAUCAAUCUCAGCGACAACAAGUUGAGGAACCUUCCGUACAGCUUCACUAAACUCAACCAGAUGACCGCAAUGUGGCUUUCUGAAAACCAGUCGAAGCCCCUCAUUCCCCUGCAGAAAGAGGAGGAUCCAGAGACGCAAAAGACCGUACUGACUAACUACAUGUUCCCUCAACAGACCCGAAGCGAGGACUAUGUGCCCAACUCGGACAGCGAGAGCUUUAACCCGUCUCUAUGGGAGGAGCAGCGCAAGCAGCGAGCGCAAGUGGCCUUCGAGUGUGACGAGGACAAGGAUGAGCGAGAGACGCCCCCGCGGGAGGGCAAUCUGAAGCGUUACCCGACGCCGUACCCUGAUGAACUGAAGAACAUGGUGAAAACGGCUCAGUCCGUGGCUCACAGACUCAAAGAGGACGAGUCCAGCGACGAGGCGAGAAAAGAGACCAGGGCCAGCGAGAGGAACCAUAUCGGAGUGCAGGACGUUGGAGUGAAGGUGAUUGAAAGCCCCUGCACUAAUGGCAAAGCUGUUGAAAUGGAGCCUAAAACAAUGAUGAACAGUCAUCACAGUUACGAACCAAUAGAUUCAAUAGACUACCACAGCGUUGAAAGGAUCCCUCUCAAGACUUCAGACAACAUGAGAGCCAUGGUGAACCAUGAUGACACCCUUGAGGACUCAGAGGAGCUGUCAUCAGAGGAGGAGGAAAUGAAGAUAGCCGAAAUGAGACCUCCACUCAUCGAAAUCUCCAUUAACCAGCCCAAAGUAGUGGCCCUCAGCAAGGACAAAAAAGAUGAUGGGAAGGAUGCGGACUCUUUGCUGGAUGAGACGGUGGCCAACAGUAACCAGAACAACAGCAACUGCUCUUCUCCUUCACGCAUGUCUGAUUCAGUGUCCUUGACCACAGACAGCAGUCAGGACAACUCCCUCUGCACCCCAGAGAGGGAGUCAAAGAUGCCUCUCAUGCCCAAGAACAGACAAGAGGAUGAAAACCUCAACCAGCUGAAGCAGAUGACCCCUUUACUCCAGAACUGUAACGGCUCUGAGACGUCCUUACAGACCAUCCUGAAGAACCAGCAGAGCUACGAAAGCAAGUCAGACCAGAUGGCCGACUACAGUCUCUCCAUGGAGGAGAGGCUUGCCCUCAUUGAAAAGGGCAUCAACAACGGUGUGUCAGAGCAGUACAGCAAGUGGGAUCAGAUCAACAUGAACGUGGCCAAACUCCCACCUGACAACAUGGUGUCGUAUGAGGACCUGGAAAGAACCAAGAGUCCCUCAGCCAAGGAGUCCAUGUCAAGCUACAACAAUGCCAUGCUGUCACUCGAGAACCUUGAGAACGGCAAUCGACUUCAGAAAACCCAUUCUGGGGAGAGUUUCAAUGGCCGAACGGAUCAAAUUCCCUUGCGCUACGAGUCUACGAGGACCGUCUCGACAGGUGUAACGGCGUUAAGUGAUAUGAGUCUUUCUCGUAGCACAGAGGAGCUGUCCCCAGAGAGGAAAUGUCCACCGGCCCCAGUGGUGAAAUCUCAAAGCAUCGCAAACAUGGAGGCUGGAGGGAUGAAGCUGUUCUCCUUCGAGGGAGAAAUCCCCCCGUACGAAGUGGCAUGUGCAACCAGAACGUCUGUACCUGCCGCUCAGGGCCAGAGCAUCGUCCGCUCCAAAUCUGCAUCCUUACUCAAUGAUCAAACUUUGCAGAUCUACCCUGGAUCCUCAGCAUCGUCCUCCGACUUGCUGUCGAGCUCCAAACCUCCGGUUAGCAGCGGCCGCUACCCAACCGGCCCCCCGCCCCAGUACAACGUCCAGUACGCCAGCAGCACAGUACCCAAAGACAACCUGUGGAGCCAACGUACCCCCGUCCCCCCGGAACAGACCUACUUACCGCCACAGCACUCCCUUGCCAACACCAACUACUCAAACCGCAACAACGCCCCUCCGUACCCCCCGCCCCAGCAGCGCGGCCCGCCCAAGACCCCGGACAUGUGGGCCAAGGAAAGGAUGCUGCCCUCGGUUGGCCAGCGAGGCACCUUGCAGAGACAAGGCAGUGGAUCCUCUGGCACCUCCAUGUGCAUGUCGGACCCGCGUCGCAUGCCAGGAUUGGAAGGAGAGUACAUGACGUAUCGGGACAUUCACGCGGCGGGCCGUGGGCCCCUACAGAUGAGCCAGGCUCUCCACAGACCCUUGUCAGCCCGCACCUACAGCAUCGACGGACCCAACGCUCCCCGGCCACAGAGCGCCCGGCCCCCACCGCACGAGCUUCCAGAGAGGACCAUGUCCGUCAGCGACUUCAACUACCAGCAUGGCAGCCCCAGCAAGAGGCCCAGCAUGAGGGUGAAGUCCGAGCACUCGCUGCUGGACGGGCCGGUCGGAGGGGGUGGCAGGGUCCCAGCCGACUGGAGGGAUCAGGUCAUGAGACACAUCGAGGCCAAGAAGAUGGAGAAGAGCACUCUAUCUCGGUCUUUGGCCACUCUCAUUGGCAGUCAGAGCUCUCUGGCCUGUAGCGCUGUAGACCGGUGGCAGAUCGGAGCUCAUGGGCCCAGAGACGAUGUCUUCAGUCCUCAUGGACAACCGGGCUACCAUAUCGACACUCUAAGAAAAGUGCCUUUGAUGAAUGGCCAAAUGUGUGCUCCUGUGAGACCUCCCAUGAGCUGCGGUCAGCCCCCGAUGGCACGCCACCCCUCACGAGAGCAGCUCAUCGACUACCUGAUGCUCAAGGUGUCCCAGCAGCCCCCGGGUGCUCCACGGGUCCCACAAGAGACCCUGCAGCAGGAGCUCCAUGUGAAGAUCGAGAAGAACCCUGAGCUGGGUUUCAGUAUAUCGGGAGGAGUAGGUGGCCGUGGGAAUCCCUUCCGCCCAGAUGACUACGGCAUCUUCGUGACGAGGGUUCAGUCGGAGGGACCGGCUUCAAAACUACUUCAACCGGGGGACAAGAUCAUCCAGGCAAACGGAUACAGCUUCGUUAACAUCGAUCACGGACACGCCGUUUCCCUCCUGAAGACGUUCCCCAGCACCGUCGACCUGAUCAUCGUUCGAGAGAUGGCCGCAUAACUGACGAAACUGAAUGUGCACUGUCUUAUUUUUGUAC